AUGGAACCAGCUAAUGGUGAAAAGACGGAGUUCUCAGAGAAGCUCCUAGGACCUUCAUUAACUCUUGACGGCGAAAGUCAAUUCUUGAGGACGAACAAAGAAACCCCCAAGAACCAAGCAAAAAUGCGGAUCUUACACAACCUCCUCGUCACCAUUCUCAUCCUCAGUCUUCUCACCAUCGGUGCCGUUUGUGCUUCCGUCAGGAACUUCCCCCUCCCCAAUGCCGCUCCCGCCGUUCAUGCCCCGACCCCAGAGGAGGUGCAACAGUUCCGAGAGCUUCUCAAUACCGUCGAGCCCGGCUGCCUUCACAGGGUCCUCCACGAACACCUGAAGGAUCGAUACCAGCAUGGGGUAUAUAACGAAGACAAGACUGCCAUGGAGAUUGUCCAUAAGGACAAUGCUGAGGUAGCUCAUAGCUUGGUUGAGCUGGCAAAGAGACAAGGCGGAGCCGGUUCAAAUUCGAGUUCGACCUCCACGCCGCCCACCGUCACCGAAGGCCCUACAUCGACUGUUCCCCCGACCACCGUUGUCGUUCCCCCUACCGACACUUCCACCAAAGAAAGCCAAACCCCAACUCCUUCGGCCACUCCACCGCCGUCGGAUACGACUGAGGUCCAUAGUACCAAAACCGACAUUGUCUCUAGUACGACUACAAAUGGUGCGGUAUCAACGUCGAAACCACAGGGGUCUUCCUCUGGAUCUACCUCUAUUCCACCCUCUUCUGAUUCCUCCUCGAGCUUCCCAUCCUCUCUCUCUACUUCCAGAUCCGCCCCCCCUUCGUCUGCCACAACCAACUCUAACACUCACGCUGUAGUAACAUCUAAAGGAUCAGCAUCUACUACAUCGCCACCAGAUGAGAGCCCAAGUUCCAUCACCCAACAAAUCGUGUACAAAACCACCCUAGAAAAUGGCGCACAAAGCGUUGUCACAUCCAUCACCGUCGUUCCAGCUGCACAACAGACUGGGGCCGGUUCGGGUUCGAAGACAAACUCCGCGAACGCGAGUUUGCAAACAAACGCCGCAGCGAGAUUGUCUCGAGCUGCGAAUGCUGCUGCUCUCUUAGGUGCAGUUGGAAUUAUUGCCGUGGUUGCCUUGUGA